GCAAAAGCAAUGCAAGGGCAGGGAGGGUGAAUUACAGAGUUACCCUUUUCGAGUUAGAAAGGAUAAUGCUGGGAAAGAAGUUGCAAGGUUGAGACUUGAGAGUAUUUCGAGUGGCGGAGCAGGGUGAAUCCGAUUAUCUAAAUGGCCACUCUUAGCUUUGGCAUUGCUACAAUAAGUGUGAGUUCCGCCGCUGAUUGUGGUACAAGAAGCAACUGGAAAUGGCGCAGACCCAACAGAAUUUUGUGUAUUGGAUGGGACCCCGAAGGCGUUCUUGGGCCACCCAAAACCGGCCACCUCGCCAGGCUCGAGUUAAAGAGGCGCCUCGAGAGAGAUACAGAGGCCCGCGAAGCCUUCCAACGUCAAGCCCGUGAAGAGAAAGAACGCCGUCAAUCCCUUCGACAAUCUCGUGUUCUUCCCGAUACUCCGCAAGACCUCAUUGAGUACUUGCUUGACACCGAGGCUCAGGAGAUUGAGUUUGAGAUUGCAAGAAUGAGACCGCGUUUGAAUCAGGAAUUCUUUUCGCAACUCAAAUUAGAGUUAGGACAGCUUCGCUUCGCUGUUAACAGAACACAGCUCAUGGAGGACAGACUCAUUGAGCUGGAGGCUCUAGAGAAAGCCAUACAAGAAGGAGUAGAAGCUUAUGAUAAGAUGCAAGAUGAACUCAUAAAAGCCAGGGAAAACCUUACCAAAAUCUUGACAUCAAAGGAUGUAAAAGCAACUUUGCUGGAAAUGGUUGAAAGGAAUGAAAUUAAUAGAUCUUUGUUGGCGCUUCUUGAUGAAAACAUUGCAAGUGCACAGAGGGGCAACCAGAAACAGGCUGCAGAAUACAUGGAGAAGCUCCGCGGGGCUGUUCUCAAGUACAUUACAGUUUAGUGCACAUAUGGUACUUUUUUUUAUUUUCCCACUUUACUAGUAUUAUUUGUGAAAACUGUGUUGUUGAUAAUUGUAUCAAAUAAACAAUUAUAAAGAACUGGGGUGUUCUGAUUUGUGGUAACAGAUUUCUCCACUGUAAUAUCAGAACUAACAAAUUAUAAAUUUUGAAAUACGACUUGUGCAUCUUUUGUUGAAA